AUAUCCUGCUUUGCGUGCAUCGAGCUGGCGCCGCAUCAGAUCGAAGCUUUCUCUCCAGCGUUGUGCUAGUUAUGCCAACAAUUUUUGUGGUGAAGUCGCCCUAGCCAGUUCCUCGUUUCCACACGCUCGGUUCCCUCCUUUGCCUGGCAAAUUCACCUCUGUUUCUCCUGUGGUAGGACGGACGACACCUUGGUUGCCCAUGCGAUGAUAAACCCUACAUGCAGCUCCAGGGUUGCGCUGGUGCUGGCGCUGACCAUGCUGCUGGCGGUACCCCUCUGGCAACUCAGCAGCCAUUCGUCCACCGGCUACUACCGCAAGCAGGCCCAAGACCUCUACGACAACGUCUCCUCAUACUUCACCCACGAACAAGAGGUCUACAAUAACACACUCUACCAGAAUGGCGUCGAGCACAGCGUCCAUGCGCAGUACAACUUCAGCACCCCGUGCGAGGGCUUCCCCGACACCUCGAACAUUAUGUUCAUCAUGAAGACGGGCGCCUCGGAAGCCUUCCAGAAGCUCCCCGUCCAUCUGCUCACGACAAUGUCCUGCCUGCCAGACUUUCUCAUCUUCUCCGAUCUUGAACAGCAGAUUGGCAAAUACCACCUCCACGAUGCCCUCGACCGCGUGAACCCGGCCCUCAUGAAUCAGCACCCCGAAUUCGAACUGUACAAGGCGCAGAAGCGAUGCCCCAUAUCCCAGCAGGACUGCACAGCAGAUAUAGAUGGGGGCUGGAAUCUCGACAAGUACAAGUUCCUCAACAUGGUCGAUCGCGCGUGGGAAAAGCGCCCAGGCAUGGACUGGUACGUGUUUGCCGAAGCAGACACCUACAUCGUGUGGUCCAACAUGGUCGAGUGGCUGCGUGAGAGGGCGCCCAAGGGUCCCCAGUACCUCGGCAGCGUGGCACUGCUCAACGAGUUUCCCUUUGCGCACGGUGGCAGCGGCUACGUGGUCUCGGGCGAGCUCAUGCGGAACAUGGUCAACAACAUUACCAAUCUCGCCUCCAAGUACGACACGCGCGCAGGAGACUCAUGCUGCGGUGAUCUGUUGUUUGCCGAGGCGGUUGCCGAAGCCGGCACCAAGGUGCAACAAGUGCAUCCCAUGUUCAACGGCGAACGACCGCUGAGCAUACCCUACGGCCACGGACAAUGGUGCGAACCCAUCAUCUCGAUGCACCACGUGAACCCGGAGGAAGUAAGCAUGAUCUGGCAGUUUGAGCAGACAAGGAAGAAUAAGGACACCCUCCUCAUCAGGGACCUCUAUGAAGCAUUCAUGGCGCCCCAUCUGGCGCAGUUCCGCCGCGAUUGGGACAACUUGUCAGAUGACACGUGCUUCAUCGGCCCCGACGAAGCAGACCAGGAGUACGCCGGCGACAUGGAGAGAAGCCGACAACGACUCGAGCGUGACAAGAACCCAGUGGAGAAGGAAGCACACAAAUCACCCGCGGCGUGCGCAAAGGUGUGCGAGGCCGACAAGCUCGUGAUCCCCGAGGACGAGUACGCGGCGCUCCCCAACGACGUCGACAAGGGCCACUAUCUCCGCAAGAAGUACGACCAGCGCAUCGCGGAAGACGUCGAUGGUGCGUUCCAGAGGGGGCGGACGUGUUUCCAGUGGCGGUAUCACCAGGGCGCUUGCUGCACAAGCCAGAGCUUCAAGCUCGGCAAGCCUCGACGGGGCGCCAUUGAAGAGGACAGAUGGACCAGCGGAGCCUUCGUCAAGGGCAUCCAUCAGUGGAUAGACGCGACAGGAGAAUGCGCCGGUCCUAACUGGAAGGAGCCGUUCUGAGUGCGUUUGCUGCAGUGCAUACAUGAGCGGAGUCAACAUCGCAAGUACAUCACGGCGUUUGGGACAGCAUCUGGGAGGCUAGCAAGCUGGGAUGGCUCGUUUGAGUUCAAAUUCAUUUAAGCAUUGUUUGGGCGUUUUGAGAUGGGUAGCCUCGAUAUGAGGUGUAAUAGCAUAUUACAGAACAUUCAUUACAUACCGGCGACAUAGGGCAAUAUCACAAAACUACAAUCA